AGAACGAGCUUCCAAGGACCUCUCCCCCCCCCCCCAGGCUACCCGCUGGCCCUGCUGUACCGGCACUACCUUUUCUACUCCGACAGCUACCUCAUCCACCUCUUCCACGCCCUCACCGGCCUCGCCAUCGCCUACUUUAACUUUGGCUACCAGUUUUACCACUCCCUGCUGUGCGUCCUGCUGCAGUUCCUCAUCCUCCGGCUCAUGGGCCGCACGGUCACCGCGGUCCUCACCACCUUCUGCAUCCAAAUGGCCUACCUUCUGGCUGGCUAUUAUUACACCGCCACGGGCACGUACGACAUCAAGUGGACGAUGCCGCACUGUGUGCUGACGCUGAAGAUGAUCGGUUUGGCCAUCGACUACUUCGAUGGAGGCAAAGACCAGAACUCCCUGACCCCAGAGCAGCGGAAGUACGCCAUCCGCGGGGUCCCGUCCCUGCUGGAGGUCGCGGGGUUCGCCUACUUCUACGGGGCCUUCCUGGUGGGCCCCCAGUUCUCCAUGAACCACUACCGGAAGCUGGUGCAGGGGCAGCUGACGGACGAGCCGGGCAAGGUGCCCAACAGCACCAUCCCGGCCCUCAAGCGCCUGAGCCUGGGCCUCGUCUACCUGGUGGUCUACACCCUGCUCAGCCCGUACAUCACCCACGACUAUCUCCUCACUGACGACUACGAAGUAAGUGCCGGCCGAGGGCGGACGGCGCGGGCACCGGCAGGGCCCCUCUUGGAUCCUCCCGUCUCGGCCUCCCUGAGUCGCGGAAUGACAGGCGCGGGGUCCGCGCCCAGCGAGGCGCCCUGCAGCUUCCGGUCCUCGCUGGCUGGGUUGAGCCCCGCUGGCUACAGAUGGGGGGCCGGGGGCUCCCCAAGUGGAGGUGCGGCCCGGGCGGUGCAGCGCGAACCCCCGGCGAACCCCCGGCGUCGGCCGCAGGAAGGCGUGUGCAUCCUCACGGGGCUCGGCUUCAACGGCUUCGGCGAGGAUGGGAGAGCCGAGUGGGACGCGUGCGCCAACAUGAAGGUGUGGAUGUUCGAGACCAACCCCCGCUUCACCGGCACCAUCGCCUCCUUCAACAUCAACACCAACGCCUGGGUGGCCCGCUACUUCUUCAAGCGCCUCAAGUUCCUGGGGAGCAAGGAGCUGUCGCAGGCGCUGUCGCUGCUCUUCCUGGCGCUGUGGCACGGGCUGCACUCGGGCUACCUCAUGUGCUUCCAGAUGGAGUUUCUCAUCGUGGUGGUGGAGAAGCAGGCCGCCAACCUCAUCCGAGACAGCCCAGCGCUGAGCGGCCUGGCCUCCGUCCCGGCCCUGCAGCCGCUCUUCUACCUGAUCCAGCAAACCAUCCACUGGCUCUUCCUGGGUUACUCCAUGACCGCCUUCUGCCUCUUCACCUGGGACAAAUGGCUGAAGGUGUACAGAUCCGUCUACUUCAUCGGACACGUCUUCUUCUUGAGCCUCCUGUUCAUCCUGCCUUACAUGCGCAGAGCCUUGGUACCACGGAAAGAGAAGUUGAAAAGAAUGGAAUAGCCAAUUCCCCCCGGGUGGCCUACGGCAGGAAUGGUGCAGAAAUCUGUUUCCUCCACGGCCCUCCCUAGGCCCAGAGCACAGAGUCCUAAGGAGCCGGGAGCAGCGUCUCUGCCAGCGAGUGUCCCCGGCCAGUGGGGAAGCUCUCGUGGGAGGAGCCGGGGCCGCACCCCCUCUUCGGGCUCCCCCAUGCACGUUGCCUUAUCUCUCCCCCCACUAGCCAGGAAGCUGUUGUAUUCUUCUGCCAAUCUCCGAGCUGAGCGCGGCCGCCCCCCGGGGGGAGGGGAGGGCUCUGGGGGCCCCGUCCGCGCCGCCUUUUCUAUCGGAACUCUACCGGAUAAAACUCACUUCUGUGUGUUCCGUUUUUCCA